GAAGGAAUCCUCAACUGCAAUGAAAAAGAAACCAUGGGGUUCCUGAACAACCGCUUGAGCAACUACCUGGAUAGAGUGCGCUGCCUGGAACAGGAGAAUGCUGAGCUGGAUGCCAAGAUCCGAGAAUGGUAUGAGUGUGAGAAUUCUUACGUAUGCACUGACUUCAAGCCAUUCUACUGCACCAUCGAUGAGCUCCAGCAGCAGAUUUGCUGUACUAAGGCUGACAAUGCAAAAUUGUGCCUGGAUAUCGACAACCUCAAAAUGGCUUCUGAUGACUAUUCUACCAAGUAUGAGUAUGAACUGAAUAUGCGCCAGCGGGACGAGUGUGACAUUGGUGGCCUCCGUAAAUGUCUGGAUAACCUCACUUUGUGCAGAGCUGACCUGGAAGCCCAACUUGAGUCCUUGACUGAGGAAAUGAUGUGCCUGAAGAAAAAUCAUGAGGAG